GGCUCCUUGGCGCCUGCCCGUACCCGGGUGUUCGUCCAGACUGCAGGGUGAACAGCGAAAACAAAAGAAAGGAGUUACUUGUCCCAAGACGAGGCUUUUCAUCUGAACUGUCCACAAAAUGAGCAAUUACACAGUAACUCUGUCUGGACCUGCACCAUGGGGCUUCAGACUGCAGGGAGGCAAAGACUUCAACAUGCCUCUGACAAUCUCCAGGAUCACACCAGGCAGCAAGGCAGCCAAUGGAAACCUGACCCAAGGUGACAUCAUCUUGACUAUCGAUGGGGUCAGCACUGAGGGCAUGACCCACCUGGAGGCCCAGAACAAGAUCAAACUAGCAACUACUAAACUGAGCCUGUCCAUGCAAAAGUCAAGACGCCCAGCCCCUGUGCCUACAGCUACGCCAAGAAUGGACUCACCCAUGCCAGUUAUUCCUCACCAGAAGAAAACUGUGAAAGAAGAGGAAGAUGAAUCUCCCUUUGGCAUCCAGCUGGCUGAAAUAACCUCCAGGAAAUCAAUUACUCAUGAAGAACCUUCUGGAAAACCUGAAGAACAAUUAGAGGUUGCACCUUCUCCCCAACCACCUAUCAGCUCUGAGAUCUUGCUUUCUCCCAAACCAUCUAUCAGCUCACCUGCCAAAACAUCUGCUCCAGCAUAUGUUUCCUUUGGGCAUGCAGUAAAAUUCAGUCCCAGCCAGAGGGGACAGUAUAACUCUCCUAUAGGCUUGUAUUCUUCAGAGACUCUGAGAGAGAUCGCCUUGCAGCAUGGUGGCUUAGACAGCAUGUCAUUACUGGGGUCCCUCCCCGUCAAAGAUCCACUGGUGGACAGUGCCUCUCCAGUCUACCAAGCUGUGAUUAAGACGGAGGACAAGGAGAACGAGCUUUCUGAGUGGGCUCGCCGUGCAGCCAACCUGCAGUCCAAGUCCUUCCGGAUCCUUGCACACAUCACAGGGACUGAGUACAUGCAAGAUCCAGAUGAGGAAGCUCUUAGGAAAUCAAGGGAGAGGUUCGAAUCAGAGGCAAAAGGCCCACGAUUUGCCAAAUUGAAAAACUGGCACCAUGGCCUAUCUGCACAGAUCUUGAAUGUCCAGGAGUAAGUACAAGACAAGGCUGAUGGACAAGGGUUCCAAGGCAAGAGUCAACCAAGAAAAGAAGGUGACAGAAAGGAGGUAUUGAAGGGAGUAAUGUAGUGGCUGCUUUGGGAAAUAAAGCAAUAGAUUAGUCUGUAAGAGAAUACAGAGAGCUCUCCUUAGUGUUCCAUGUUCAGGUGUCACUAUGUCUCAUCUAUCCUUCCACCAGUAAGAUCUUUUCUUUUCUUUUUUCUUUUCCUUUCUUAUCCUUUCCUUUCUGUUCCUUUUAGCUAUAUAUCCUAAAUUAAAAUUAAUUGUUGAUGUACAAAGGCAAAAUCUUAGAUAAACUUAAACAUGUAUACUACGCAUUGCACCGCAAUAUCUCAUGCAAACAUAUAUUAAGCAACUGUACUGUUACUAAUGUGAAUAAAACAUUAUUUCUUUUAUCCAAAUCAACAAUA